CUAUAUGAUGCCAUUGGCCUUAAGCAUGAUGCGAGACAAUUGGCUGUAACAGUUGCGUUGAGGUGGACACGAGGAUAGAUAGAUAGCAGAGAGACAGAGAGUUUGAAAAUUCGUUGAGUUGAGACAAGAGAGAUAUGGGGUAUUGGAAAUCAAAGGUUCUUCCAAAGAUCAAGAAGGUUUUUGAGAAGGACAGUACUGCCAAGAAGGCAGCUGCAGCUGAAGCUAUCAAGAACUUUGAUGAGUCUAAGGAGGAAAUCAGUAAGGAGUUUGAAGAGAAGAGGACUGAACUUGGACCUAAAGUGAUAGAAAUCUUUGAAGCUUCAACAGCUGAAAUCAAAACCUUAGUUAAGGAUCCCAAAGAAGCAGGAUUAAAGAAGCAAACUACUUCAGUUCAAAAGUUCCUUGAUGAGCUUGUUAAAAUCGAGUUUCCAGGAUCAAAAGUAGUAUCUGAAGCAUCGUCAAAAUUUGGACCAGCCUAUGUUUCGGGUCCUAUUUUCUUCGUUUUUGAAAAAGUCUCAACCCUUAUUCCGGUAGAGGAAAAGGCAGUAGAGCCACCAGCACCUGAAACAAAAACUGAAGAAGCAACUUCUAGCACAGAGAAGGAGAUAGUAGUUGAAGAAGAGAAGAAAACAGAGGUAGUAGCAGCGGAGGCUUCAGAGAAGACUGAACCAGUGGCUGAACCACCUGCCAAGGUGGAAGAAGCAGAACCACCAAAGCCAUGACUCACCAUCAAGAAGUAAAUCCCGCACGCCUUCGUGAAAUAGGUUACAUAAAAAAAAAAAAAGAUUUGUUAUUCUUUAUCAUGUAUCCUUUCAUUGUAAGUUCUUUGGGUCAUAUAUUCCUUUGUGUAAUUUUUUUUUUCUGAAGUUGUAAUAUCAAUUUACAGUCUAGAGAAGUGGUGGGGGGUGCGUCACUUGGUUUCUCUUCUCUUUCCUUAAUUUGUUCUUCUUGAUAAAAAAAUAUUAAAUUUCUUUGAAUAGGAUUGUAUUUGUCCUCUC